AUGAACAAUUCGCCAUUGCCAACUAUUAUUGAGGAGACAUCGAGUGCAGGUACAACAACAUCCCAGGAGCCUAGCUCUACGCCGCCUGGAGCUGUGCAACAGGAUAUUGUACCUGGUGACACGGACGAUUGGCAUUGCUCUGAUUUCUUACAUUGUCUUGGAGCUCCCGCUCCAGAAGGACUUGUUCAGUGCGAUGCCGAUACUCAGCAAGUCUGCCCGGGAUUGGCGGCCGUGAAUAUACCAACACCAAAUUCUUACGUCAAUGAUGGUGUUCACGCCGGUGAAGAUCGAACUCGGACUUGCGGUAAUUGCCGACAGCAUGAAGGGCAUCCUUUGUUUCCAGACAAGCGUGCACUCAUCAAUAGUUAUUCCAAUGUUAAUCUUGCAAGCGGCAUCCGUAGCCAGCUUUGUCGCAGUUGCAUCUAUGACGAAGUAGAAUUAUACUGGUUACGUCAAGGAACAGCAGGCCCCACGAAUGCCCGGUCGAGUCCGUUUAUACGACAAUGGCCUUUACCAAAUGGCCUUCAAAACCUUUGCAUGUGCGAAAUAUGGACAGUUGAUACUCCUGCAAACGACUGUUGCCAUGCCUGUCGCGACGUGCUCUUCUCUGAGUUUUGUUUCAGACCCUUCCAGAUGACCGAAGACGUCCUCCACAGCUGCACCCAGCCCGUCAUAAAAGGAACCCGGCUUUAUGUUAACCAGGACAUCGGACGCUCCACGCGCGUCUCCGCUGCUACCAUCCUCAAACGUCGGGCUCAAGGUAUUGGCCGCAUGUGUCCUUGCGGUAAUAAACCAAAACGACCAAGUGUACAGGAGUAUAUUACAUAUUGCAUGGCUUGCUCGGGCGUCCGAAUCAAUCCUAAUUUUUUGCCGCGAGACUUGCGACAAGGACCUGUUAUGGCUAGGUAUCAGAGACGGCAGAGUCUUAGGAAUAGCGGGUUUAAGAGGACAAAGGGGCCGACGGCAGCACGGAGACAUCCAACGUAUAGGGUUAAUAUCGAACGUGCGUGGUUGACACCGGAUCCAGAGAUUGGGGGGACGUGA